AGAGGCGGCUCUUCUGGAGAGACACGCAGGAAGCAAGGCGGCCUUCCUCCUCCCCUUCUGUCUCUAAGCCGGGCUCCUUCUCACACAGCAGGCGCGGCCCUCCGCCCCCAGCCCCGCCGGCCACUCCCUCAGGAGAGUCCCCCUCCUCGCUCCGGGGCUGCAGGCCGGGGCGGCGCCUGAGGGAGGGCGGCGUGGGCAGCCUUCCUCUCUCGCCCAUCUCCCGCCGCGCUGCCUAGGCCGGGUAUUUCCGCGUCCGGGUCGCCUCAGCUGCUCGGCGAGGGGAGGCGGCCCUUGAGCAGCGGCGGGAGAAGCAGGCCUGGCGCCGAGGACGACGCGGCCAUGGCCUUGGGCUGGUGGCACCGCUGCUGCUGUCGCUGCGCCGGCUCUUCGCGGGCGGCGUGGCUCGCCGGUUCCGGGCGGGCCUUGGGCUCCUCCGCUAACGGCGCCGGAAGGCAGCGGCGGGCUGUGGGGCCGGCGGCGCCCGCGUGGAAGGCGGAGGUAAGUCGGCGGCGCGCCGGGGCGAAUGGAGGUCACGUCGGAAUGCAUGUGAGGAAACGCUAGCGGGAUCUCCGGGCUGUUUCGUUUUCAGGUUCAGGGAGGGGAGAGAAGAUGCUCAAGGGUCCGUAAAAUGACGAGGGAAUAAAGGGAGAAUAUUGGGGAGGUUUUGGUGGUGUUUUCACCCCUCCUCACACUCCUUAAAAUGAUGGGCAGUAAAUUCAGGACUGAGGAAAAGGACUUCCUGCUGCGUUUGCUGCGAGGAGGUGCAGGGAUGAUGGCCACCGGCUUGGAGGGCUUUGCAAGGGGAUUUGGCAAAUCCGCGGAGGAUGCAUCUGUCCGUGGCUACUGUCCACGCGAGCUAAAUUGCAUUUGCAUCUUCAGGGGUAUCCCCCUCUCUCCAGAGCAGUGGUUACAAACCCUUUUUUGGCCAUGCCCCACCUAAGCAUCUCUAAAAUCCUGAUUCCACACACACACACCCCAACAUACAAUUCUUCCUAUUCAAAAAGUGAAAUCCUGUUCACAUGGAGGAAGCCUAAAAGGCCAUUCACUGUAAAUAACUCAUUCUUGAAUUGCCCCCCUUAAAAAUCAAAUUGCCCCGAACCACUGCUCCGGAUAGUUAAGGCAAUGGAUUGGGUCUCUUGCCCUCAGUACUUUGGGCUGCUUUGGUCACUGAUGCUUGACCAGAUUGACAUUUUGGGUUGAGGCAGCAUGGGAUUUUCAUGUACACAAAACCUUGGGAAAGAUAAGGGGCUGUUUUUUUAAAAGAAAAGGUAGGGGUAGAGAGUUUAAAAAAAUGAGCACAAACCUGAGGGGAUAUCUCAGUCUGCAGAGCAUGGGACUCUUAAUCUCAGGUUUGUGGGUUCGAGCCCCACGUUGGGCAAAAGAUUCCUGGAUUGCAAGGGGUUGGUCUAGAGAUGAAUCUAGACCACGAUGAUCCUCAUGGCCCCUUCCAACUCUAUGGUUCUACAAUUCUGAGGAAUGUUUUUAUUUCAUUCAUAUAUCCUGUUGAGAUAACCACCAGCUUGGAUGGCUUUAAAAGAUUUAAAAGAAGUUGGAUGGCCAUCUGCCAUGGAUGCUUUAGUUGAGAUUCCUGCAUUGCAAAGGGUUGAACUAGAUAACUCUCAGGGUCCCUUUCCAACUCUACAAUUCAGUGAUUAGACAAAAUAACGAAGGCUAAGGCUAUCACUGACUACCAGCUUGAUUACUAUUUCCUCUGCUGUUGAAAGCAGUAUGCCUCUGAAUGCUACUUGUUGAGAAACACAAGAGGAGAGAGUGUUGUCCUUGGGUCCUUCUUGCUAGCUUUCCAUAGGUGUCUGCUUGGCCACUGUGAGAACAGGAUGCAGGACUAGAUUGGCCUUUGGCCUGAUCCAGCAAGCUCUUUUUUGUUUUUAAUUUUGUUUAGAGAGAAGCAGCAUAGCUGACUGGGAUGUUCAUAAUACUUGCCAGGCACCAGAUUUGGGAAGGCAACUCUUGGUUUUCUUUGUAAGGCUGUAAUUAGCCUUCCUUGCGAGCAUGAGGUUCCACACUUUCAGGUGAGACUUCAAAGACAUGAUAGCAAAAUUAGUAACCUUGUUGAUUUUAAAUAAAUAAAUACUGAUUUUACCAUGACCGUCUACAGUUUCCCAAAAUGACGUGUCAUUUUGACCCAGAACUGUGGUUAAUUUAACUGUAAACAAGCUAGCUUCAGUAAUUAUGAAUUGAAGUAGGCUUUUUCGGAACCAACCAUAGUUAAACCAUAGUUAUGUUAACCAUAAUUUGCAAUUCCAGAAGUUAAUCAAAAGUAGUGAUUAAAGCUACAAACAGAAGUUAAUCAAAAGUAGUGUUUAAAGCUUCUGAACUGUUCUUGGUCACAUGGAAGAGGGAAGGAAGAGUGUGUGAGCUCAAAGCUCACUCUUGAUAAUUGUCUGUGUGAAAUUUCUAGGUAGGAAUCUGAGGAUUUAGAGCUUGGUGUCAUCAUUAAACUGAUGGCAUGCAGGUAAUCUGUUUCCCCAAAUACCAGUGUUUCAGUGGGAUGUCUGAUCCAGCAGUGGGAUGAAUAAGAGCCAGUAGGCUAUGCUCAGUGCAGGUAACAUGGAUACAUAGAACAGCUGGGCCAUUCAUCACCAGUGUAAAGUCCCUUUCAGAUGGCGGACUUGGAAUAGAAGCCUUUUAUCUGUGUAAUAUUUGGCUGCGUGUGCAAUAUUCAAGAAGUUGUUCAGUGGGGACAGGGAGUGAAAUUACUGCCCCACAAUUUGCUGUGCUUUUAUGCAAGAUGCAUUAUAAAGCCCUUCAGAAUAUUGGUAGCAGUGUGUAAGUGAUAGAUUUUGAGUUGUGAGAAGGAACAACAGUGAACAAGUCAGUACUCAUCCAUUGAAUGGGCUUGGAGCUUGGGACAAAGUACAAUUCAUUGGCUCUGUUCAGAUGAUUGUAUCUUCAUAAACCAUGGAAAUGAAUGUUCAGGCCAAGCAUUUCUUCUCUUCUCCGUAUACACCACUUUGCGCCAGAAGCGUUUAGUCAUGCUGCCCACAUGGCCUGAAAAGCUGUCUGAGGACAAACGCUGGCUCCCACGGCCUGAAAAGUGAGAUGAGCACUGCACCCCAUAGUCGCCUUUGACUGUACUUAACCAUCCAGGGGUCCUUUACCUUUACCUUACACCACUUUGGCACUUCAUUUGCAUUCAGUCGUAGUUUCCUGUUUGAUUCAAACUGAUGAACCCUCAUUGAAUGUCAGUUAUGUUGCUGAUGUUAUGAAUAGGCUUUUAGGAUUGUGCAGAAUGAUUGUUCCCAAGAUCUCCAAGCAUCUGUCUUAAAAGAAUCUUUGGGGAGCCCAUGGUUCUAAAGCAGGUAUGGGGAACCUGUGGCCCUCCAGAUGUGUUUGGCCUCCAACUAUCUUCAGCCCCCAGACAACAUGUCAGGAAUGAUGGGGUUGUAGUCUUCAAUAUUUGGAGGCCAUGAGGUUCCCAAUGCCAGUUGUAAGGGCUGCUUUAAAUAAUUUCUUUAACUUAACCUUAAGUACACAAGAACAUGCCUCUACUUAAAAAUAAAUAAAUAACAUGAAUAUUCUGCAAAGGCACUUGGCAGCAGCUAGUAACAUAAAAGAGCUAAAUAUAAUAAUUAAAGGUAUAAAUCUAAACAAGCCACAAACAGCAAAUUAACAAAUAAUAAUACAGAAGAAAAAGCCACCCCCAAUACAGCAGCUCAGAAUCCCAAGUGCCCUCUGAAAUGAAGCUGCUUGCUACCAAAGGCUGACAGCAAAGCUGGAAGGAUGUUCUAGCACCUCAGUGUGGAAAAAGGCCUGCUCUAGAUCAGGGCGGCCCAACUGUUCAUACCAAGUGGGUCCUUUGACACAGAACCAGCAGGCUGUAUGCUGCCUUGGUAGGGUGAGGCUCUGUCAGGGUCCUAUAGCCUUCCUACCUGCUUCCCAAAGAUGGGAAAGUACUAACUAGGCUUUGGGAAGGUGGAAGAAGGACUCUAGGACCCUAUCAGAGCCUUCACACCUCCUACCCAAAGCCUUGGGCCUCACUUAUCUGGCUUCAGGAAGGCAGCAUGAGAGCUGGGGUGGACAUCAAAUGUUGCUGAGGGCCGCCAAAAAAGGCCACGAGGGCCACACAUUGAACUACCCUGCUCUGGAUGAUCCCAUGCACCUCAUAUGAUGAGGGACCCAUAGUAGAGUUCUGUGCUGUGAGCCUUUUGUGCUAUUGAAUACUUGUCUGGAGAAGGCUUGGGCCACCUCAGAGCUUGUGUAACAGCUUUCGGAUUAGUCUCAUAAUAGAAACCACUUUACAUCAGAAAAAAGAGGUGUGGACUUAAACUAGUUUAAGGUAGUUUAGGAAGGAAUUGCAAAACUUUAUGGUUUUGUUUUUAUAACACUUUCCUUAUAGAAGGAUUGCACCUAUCCUGAGACAGUUGCAGUGGUUACCUGCUUGCUUUCAGGCAUAAUUCAAAGGGUUUGGUCAUUAUCUUUAAAACCCUAAAUGACUUAAGUCCUAUAUAGAUUGGGGAUUGUUUCCUCCCAUACUGUCCUGGAUUCUCCCCAAUAUUGUCUCAACCUUUUCUCAGACUUUAAAUGGGUAAGAAGCUCACUGGUAAAACAAAUGAUUAGAGGUCUUGGGGCUGAAACAAUCUCAAUCCUAAGAUCAGAAGUAGAGGAUCUUUUCUGGGUCUACAACCACAAGGGUGGAAGCACAGCUGAGUGGGACAAGAGAAAGAACCUUCUCAGUGGUUGCACCCAGACUAUAGAACACCUUGCCCUAUGCAGUGUGGUUGGUCCCCUCUCACAUUCCUCCACCCCUGUAGUUAUUGAAAACCAUUUUCUUCCAAGAAGCUCUUGCAAGUUAGACAAUAUUCUUACGAUUCUUUUAACUGUUGGCGCUGUCUUUUAGCAAUCGUUCUGCAUUGUUUUAAUGAAAUUAUAAUUUAGAAUGCUGUAAGAUGUCCUAAGUAGUGUAGAAGGCAGAAUAUAAAUACUCAAAUAAAAUAAAAGUUAGGUGAAAUGUGGUUUGUAAAUGUAUGCUCACUAAUGUUUCAUUUCUUUUUUCCUCUGGACAGAGACCUGAUUUUCUUGGGAGAAGUUCGGCUCUAUCCAUUUUAAAAAUUCGUAGUAUAUUUUGGCGGUAAGUUGAAGACCUUGCCAUUGUAUUGCACCAUAUAUAGGAGUAGGUUUUAGGUAACCUGGGUGAAUAUUUUUAGAAGUCCUACAGUUAUGGGUGCUAUCAUGAUCUAUAUAAUGCUGUAAGUUGAUACAAUAUAACCAAAGCAGGUUCAGGGAAGCAAUUUAUACAUUCAAUAAACUAACUGAUAUGGGAUCAAGCUAUUUCUCUCUUCCCCUUUGUUUUAUACGACAUAAGUGUUCAUCUUCUAUUUCAUAACACUGAUUUGAUUUCGAGUUCCUCCUUGCAUAUUGUAACGUCUUUGGGCUGGAUAGCUACCAUAUUUGGAGCACCAUAUUUCGAUCCUAUUAAAAGGUCCUCCUGCACAAGCCUGCUAGGACAGCAACCUGCUUUGCCUUUGAACAUGUAAAAGCUUCACCAAGCGACUUUACUCCUGUUUUUAAGUGGAAGCUGAAGAACCAGUGGCAAGAUGUAGUAAAUAAGUGCAGUAGGAAUGCCAGGCCAAUAACAUGCUCCUUAAGUUGAAACAAUAAUUAGAUUGAGGUAAAAUAUGUCACUUAAGAAUCAAGAGAAGGAAGUUUCCCUGGCUCAGCUACCGAUUGGUAGGGAUUCUUAUCCUAGUGUUACAUAUUGAAGGGAAGGCCCCCAUCAAGUGCACCACUUGCAGUAUUCACCUCAUUCUGAAACACGUCUUGCCGAAGAGUCCACAUUUCUUAAGUGCACAGCGAGUCUUUCUGCAUACCUAGUUGCGUGUUCCAAAAAUGGCUUCACUUCUGGGUGACAGAGUACAAGCUGUAUCCAUGUUCCUGAGAUUUAUUGCCCAGCUGUCCUCUUCUGAAUACUGUUUGAGUUAUUGGGAAUAAGCUGCUCCAAGAAUUCUUCCACAUUUGCCACAAGAUUAGUGUGGGUACAAUAUGGGUUCACUGCUCCUGUACUAUAAGCUUAAAUAGGCUUGCUUGCAUGCACAAGUUCCACGUAAACAAAAUGAACUAGAGUAGUACCAGAUACUCAAUUACAUAUUGAGUGUCUUGAUUGCAGCAAAUAUUCAUUAGUCUAUAAUUACCAUUGAUCGUGUAGGGUGUAAUAAAGCAAGACAAUAAAUCCUUAUCUUUUGACCACCAAACUAGAUGUUUGGAAACUGACUGCUUUUAAUGAAAGGGCUGGUGCUGUGCUAUUUUUAUUGUAAUUAUUUAUGUGUACACACCAAAAAGAAAAAGAAAUAUCAUGUCAUAGCUCUAGCACAUAGUGCAGAUGAAAUCUUAAAUGAGACCUCUGUUUUGUCCUGCCCCACCUUUGCUGCAAAGCUCAAAUUUUUACUGUUUGAAAGCCUGUUGAUAGCAUUUUACAGGUUAUAGCUGUCUAAAGGAGCUUGAAAGUAAGAAAAAAUAUUUCAGCCUCAGCUUGUUAAACUACAUACAGUGUGCCAAUCUGCCCUCAACAAAUUUAUCUUACGCUCUCCCUCCACCAGCAGCCAAUUAGGGGAUUAUCUCCUGCCCCCCACCCCUUUCAAAAUACCAUUUUCUUUCCUGCCCUCUCCUAUAUCCACAUUACAGCAAGUGAACCCCAUUAAGUUCAGUGGCUAAUUUGAGUACCAUCUAAGGAGAGGAGUGAUGGGGUAGUGUAACAGAGUGACGUUGAGGUGAACUGGCAGGUGCAGGGAUAAAAGUUUAAGAAAGGAAAGGUUUAAGAAACCACUGAGAAAUUUGGGUGGGAAUCUGUUAUGGAUGAGAGCAGGCACAGAACUCGGGGACAAUUUCCCUAGCUCUGCUCUUGCAGCUGCCCAGUAGGAAUGGGCAUGGAGACAUGAACACCAGUACAAGGUGCUGCAGAGGCUUUUGGGAUAUAGGGUGGCAAGUACAAAGUAGGUGAGAAGUGAGCGGGGGGGGGGGAGGAGAGAAAGAAACCAAACUUUUAGAGAACAAAUCAUGUGGGGCAACUUGUGAUUUUAAGCAUGGUUUAUUUAAUAAACUAUGCCUUAGCUUUGGCUUAGCACGACAUGCAAAUCAGGCCAGUAUUUUGUAUGCUCUGUAAAAUGAAACACAAAUCCAACCUGUAUUUUACCUCUCUAAAUUCUUUCAAAUAAUGCUAUCGCCAGGUUUCACCACACAACGCUGCGAUUGUACAGCUGUGGUACAGCGGUUAGUGAUGAAAAAUAUAAGGAUCCUUUUAAACUGGGAAGCAAAGACUUGAAUAAUCUCUAUGAAGAUAUUAAAAAGGUAAGGGCUCUUUGGUGUCUGGUGUGAAGUGCUGUAAUCUCUCUUCCAAAGAGGCAUAACAUUGCAUCAACCUAUUUCCAGAUUUACUGCUCAACUUUAAAACUGCAUUUUUGUUUGUUUACAGGAAUUAUGGGUAUCUACUACAGAACUGAAGGAAAUGUGUGAAUAUUACUUUGAUGGCAAAGGGAAGGCUUUUCGACCAAUGAUUGUGGUGCUAAUGGCUAGAGCGUGCAAUUUUCAUCAUAAUAACUCCGGGUAAAUACCUAACCUGUAUUUUUAAAGUUCUUACAAUUUCAAAUCCACUUGGCUAAAAAAAAAAGUCACUUGCUAGCAAUAACAGCAGGAGUUAAGCAGCAUGUUUGCAACUGCACAAUUUAUGCAUUUUUCAAUAUCUUUCCCAAACUGUACACAGCAUUGCAAAGGGUGCCAUUGUCCCCCUUCUUCCCCUCAAUUUCAUUCUAAAAACAAGAAAGGAAAAGGCCAGAAUUCCAUUAGCCCAAUAUAUAAAUAUCUAGAAUUGUUGGCACAAAGUGUCCGCAGCAUUGAGCAUAGUAUGGGCAAACCUUUGCCCCAAAUUGUAGUGUGACAGAGGAGUUGCUCCCAGUGUUCUUUGGCACACUCAUAUGUGACGCACUAGGAAACUGGUAUAAAAAGCAAGGGAAGGAGCAGCAGGCACAGCUCCAGGUGAGUCUAAAGUGCCCGUAUGGCAAGGAAAGGAAGUGUGGGAUUUACGGUGGUAUUCCUCGGACUGGACCUACUGUAAGUAAUAGACCCAACUUAGGCGCUGUAGUCUAAACCACAGAGCCUAGGGCUGGCUGAUCAGAAGGUCGGCAGUUCAAAUCCCCGCGACGGGGUGAGCUCCUGUUGCUCGGUCCCAGCUCCUGCCAACCUAGCAGUUUGAAAGCACGUCAAGUGCCAGUAGAUAAAAUAGGUACCACUCCAGCAGGAAGGUAAAUGGCGUUUCUGUGCGCCGCUCUGGUUCUCCAGAAGCGGCUUAGUCAUGCUGGCCACGUGACCCGGAAAAACUGUCUGCGGACAAAAGUCGGCUCCCUUGGCCCAUAGAGCGAGAUGAGCGCACAACCCCGGAGUCGUCCGCGACUGGACCUAACGGUCAGGGUUCCCUUUACCUUUAAUCAUGUUCAUUAGUUUCAGUGGGUCCUCUCUGAAUAAAACUUAAACCUUACAGUGCUGUCCUAACCAUGUCUACUUGGGAGUAAGUCCUGUAGAAUUCAGCAUGGCUUACUCCCAGGUAAGUGGGGUAAGGAUCACAGCCACAGGCUGACUUGAUGCCCACUUUAUAGCUUUUGGCUAUAGAAAGGUUUUUUGGGGUUUUUUGCGUGGGUUUCAGUAGGACAAGUUAAUAUCUUGUCCCCUUAGUGCUGCUGCUGUUGGUGCUGUGGGAAAUUCACUGGUCAAGUGUUUUAAAUUUCACUGACAAAAUGUUCGAAGUGGGUCUUUAGAUAAUCUAGCACUGGGUUCUGUUUCUGUCAUGGUCAGCUGGAUUCUGCAAGGAAACGUUUCUCAGAGGUUGGUGGAGAUAGCUGUCUCUUUGCUCCUGUCACCUGGAGGCAUACUGCCACGGAACAUGAGAGCUCCAUUUUUUGUUUCCAUCGCUAAUAUUCAACAAUAUAUUCUGUCUCAGUCUUCCCCAGCCUGGUGCUCUCCAAAGUUUCGGUUUGCAACUCCCAUCAGCCCCCGCCCAAAUGGCCAUGGUAGCUGGGGCUAAUGGAAGUGGUCAUAAAAAACAUCUGGAGGGCACCAGGUUGAGGAAGGCUGGUAUAUAUAAUCCCUUUUAAAAGCUAGUUUAGUUGCCAGCCCAACCUUCUGUAAAAAAACUGAUUUCCUGUGUUUUAUGAAUAAAUAAUUUCAAGUUUGCUUCAUUAGCUGACCAAGUUCUUACGUUCCAUACAAGAGGGAAUAAUUUCUCUUCAUGCGUUUGUCCUGCACCGCUGUGUAUUUCUAUAAAUUAUUAUUAAAUUUAUUACCCAGGUGCCCUUCUAUAGGGAAGGAAUGCUCUCCUGGGCCACCCCCCCUCCCCAAAAAAAAGAAUUCUUAGGGCAGGGGCCGCUCUGCUGAUCUUAACACCCAAGACAGUCUGUAAGGAAGGUGGUCUGAUGAUGAUGAUGAUGAUCGUAAUAACUUCUGACUUCCCCAUACCUGCCCAUAAAAACCAACUGCCUGAUUCUGCUGGAGAAGAAUUGGAUUAAGUUUGGAUGAGGAAGUGAACUACAGAGACACUGGAUUCCAAACUAUUUGUCACAAAUGCAGAACAAGUCAUUGCUAUCCAAAACUGCUGAUCUGGUGAACGUGUCCUAGCGUGCUUGGUUUGCUCAGCUUCCCCUGUCUCUUUCACUCCGAUUUUAGGGAAGUACAGGCAAGCCAGCGUUCUAUAGCAGUAAUUACAGAAAUGAUCCAUACAGCUACUCUCCUUCACGAUGAUGUUAUUGAUGAUGCAAAUUCACGGAGAGGAAAACAAACAGUCAAUCACAUUUGGGGGGAAAGGAAGGUGAGUGUGUUUGUAGCGAUGCAGUGAUUUUUUAUUUAUUUGUGUAUUUGGAGGGAUGUUUACAUGGGAAGCUGUAGGGAAAGUAUACAGGCUGUGAGGAUGACUAAAGCAAACGAGGCAGGUUUUAUCUAUUGCUUUUAAGAUUAAAUAAUUACGGGUGUUUUUUAUUUGCAACAGUUUAUGUUAAUUGCUUGCAUGCUUUUGAAUUGCACAGAACACUUGGCAUGCAAAAUUAAAUACAUUUGUUCUACACAUGGCAUAGUCUAGCCAAAGUUGAGCACUUCCUGAAAUGAAGGGGCAAAAGUGUUCCUUGCACCCAAAGGCCUGCCUCCUAAUUUGCCAACAAAAGCUGAUCAUAUUUUAUAUCAUUAUAUGCCACGGAGCCAGUUCCUCCGGUCGGAGGAACUCCGCCAUUCGCCGAUGGCGCUAACCCGGAAGUCCCCGAAAAUGGAAUCUGAAUUAGUCCGGAGAAGCAGGUUUAGCAGAAGGCUGGAAAAACAGGAAAUUAUCUGAAGAGAAGCUGAUAAAAUAACCCGUCUGGGCAAAUACCUUGAAUUCUUGGAGUGCUGCUUCCCCUUUCCUUAUCUUGUGGGUGGAGUGAUGGGGGGGGGGGAACCAAUUUAUCCAGGGGUGGCCAACACAGUGCCCUCCAGAUGUUGUUGGACUGCAACUCCCAGUGGCCAGAAAAUGUGGCCGGUGAUCAAGGGUGAUCUGUGGUCCACCAACAUCUGGAGGGCACCACAUUGACCAUGCCCGAUCCAGCACCUUCUUCUGCAGAAUGUCCUCCCCACCCUUGGUCUCUUGGCCCCAGUUUGUUACAGCCCUGCUGCCCACUCACCUCUUCCACUGUCCUUGAAUUCUUGAAACACGUGAGCUAGAAUUAUGGGUGGGAAUCGCAGUAGUAGUGGGGAGAUGAGACAAGAUAACAGAGCAGGAAGGGCAGUUCAGAUAUGUAUGUGUCAGCUGGGGCAGAGUUUAGGUUAAUAAAAGGGGUUCUUUGUGCCGAGAUCUUGCUGUGUUUGUGUCACAAUCUUCCCUGAUAUCCAGUGGGAAAGAAAGGAGCACAUCUUAAUGGUGCACCUGCUGGUUCCAGUUUAAUCUAAUCCAGCAAUGGUGCUUCAUGUGUGUAACUGACACCGAUGCUCUUUCAGGCCCCAUUGACUUGGUAAGCACACCUGUUGAUCUGGCUGGGCUGGGCCUCCUCAUCUGCAUGCAACUCACAGCUGGUUUGGAGGCAUGAGAAUGACGUGGACUUAGCCCUGUCCUUCAACUUCUGUAAGCGAAAGCAGCCAUGGAAAAUUAUCUUGGUCUGAACAAUUAAAAGCUGUACUUGGCAUUUCAAGUAAUAAAUAUGAUGGCUGAAAGUUAUUGUUCGUGGCAGCCUUGAAAUUAUUUAGCUGUUGGGGAUUUUUUAUUGUUUCUUUUUGAUUAAAUGCUUGUAUUGGUUUUUUUGUCUGCUGCUCUGGGCUCCUUUGGAGAAAGGGCAGGAAGGCUUUUCAAAUAAAUAAUAAAAUCAUCAUAUGUAGCAGCUGAGCUGACCUCUCUUUACACUGCUAGGGAGCAUAAUAGCAGACUCCUGACUUGGAGGUUCUAUUCUGUCCCUUGAGCAGCCAUUGUGGUGUGAAGUGCCUUCUCCCAUCUUGAGCUGGUGGCCCAGCUAUACCCAUAUCUGGACAGGGAUAGCUUAACUCCAUUGACCUAUACUGUGGUAAUCUCUAGGUUAAUUACCGCAAUGCACUGGGCACAGGGUUGCCCUGGAAGGCUGUUUGGAAACCGCAGUUGGAGCAGAGGGCAGUCGCCAGGCUGCUGAUGAGGUGGACCAUAUCACACCAGUAUUGGCACAACUGCAGCUGCUGCUUACACCUUUUUGGACCCAAUUCAAAGUGCUAGUUUUAAGCUGUGAAGAAGCAGUGGGGCACCUCUUGCCCGCUGGCCAAUCUUGGCACAUCAGGCUUCCCCUCAGGCUUCUUUAGCCUGCCAGACUGUUAGGGGGACGGCACCCCCAUCUUAUUAGGACAGAUAAGGGCAGGGUUUAAAAGGAACUCUCAGAAGCUUCAAGUAGGCUCCUGAUUGUUCCUCUGCUGGUGGGUGGCAAGAGUCUGUCAAAACCACUUCCUUUGCCUAGCACUGCUCUUUGAACUUUUGAAAUUGGAAGUUGAAAAAGCAGUGUGCAGCAGCCUCCAAGGAACUCAGUUUCACUGUGUGUGCCUGUCCCAUCCUGGGAACAGGCAUGGGCAGCCAAAGCAAGCAUCCCUUUGGGAAGCAGCUACCUUUUAAAAGGAUCAGCUAUGCAGGUGAUUCCCUGCGAGUAGCCAGUCCUUCCAGAAGGCAGGUUUCUUUCUCUGUCCUCCUGAUCACCUGAGGAAAAACACCUGCCUUUUCAAAGUAUUGUCAGGACAGUUCCCCUCCCCGCACCUGCUCCCAUUUGAGCUUCCAGAGGAUCAAACAGGAGUGUAGUCUGAAAGCCCUUUCCAAUAGCAAAAGUCUUUCAAACAGUAUUGAAUGUCCCAGCAAUUGGGACUUCAAAGCACAUCACUUGUCAUCAUAGUGACUGACAGGGGCAGCCCUGCCAGGUAUAACAAUCUGGCCCACUACCCAGAAAAGGUUCCCUACCCCUUUUAUAUAGCCUUAUCUGACUGACUGCUUCUCCCAUCAAGAAUAUAGCUGGAUAUUACAAGAGUUGUCUAGUGCCAAGAGAGGCUCAGAGGCGCAGCAACAUGGAGAGGCUUUUCAGUGGUGGCCCCCACACCUGUGAAAUGCUCUCGCUAUUGAGGCCUGCUUGGCAUUGACACCGACAUCUUUUUGGUGCCAGGGUAAGACUUCACUCUCAUUCAGGUAUCUGUAAAAGGGAAUACCUUUGAAUAAAUCUGGAGAAAAAAAUAAAUCACACAAAAAUGACUGUAAAUUGAAAACGCCUCUCUCUUUCCCCCACCUCCCGCUGCAUUAAAGAGAAAACAGUUUCAGUAUUUUAUAUAUGCUGCUUCUCUCUUAAAGCAAAUUCUUCCUUUCCAGGCAGUCCUAGCUGGGGAUUUCAUCCUUUCUGCAGCCUCUUUAGCAUUAGCACGUAUUGGAAGCGCAACCAUUGUUUCUGUGAUAACAUGUGUGAUUGAGGAUCUGGUGCAUGGUAAGGCAUUUUAACAAAAUCUCUAGAAGCAACUGAGACAUUUUUGUCUAGGCAGCAGUUGAAUGACAGUGUUGGGCUCUUCAUCUUUUUUUAGGCGAAUUUCUUCAGAUGGGUUCCAAAGAAAACGAAAAUGAGAGAUUUGCUCACUACCUCGAAAAGACCUUUAAGAAGACUGCGAGUCUUAUAGCAAACAGCUGUAAAGCAGUAUGUACGUUCCGUCUUUCUUGUUGUUCAUAUACCAUGAUGCAUCGGUGGGAAACUUGGGGGGGGGGGUUUGCAGCCUUUUCACAGCUUUCUCUUACUAGCUCUUCAGGCUUAAGGGGCCCAAAGUCCUGGAAGCCUCUCCAGUGUGUCUCAUGCUGAAAGGAGUGAAGCACAUCAGUAACUUAGCACUCUUUGCUUAUCUCAGUCUCACAAUGUUAGGAAAUGAGUCAAAGGAGGAUAUUUAAAAAAACGAUGUCUUGAUGGCUAGUGCCAUUGGUCAUUGGUGGCUGCUGUACUUUGCCAUUCCUCGUUGUAAUGUCAUCUUUCUUUCUUUCUAUGCAUCUAUUUUGGAAGUCUUCCUAACUUAAAGUGCAGUUCUGAGUAGACAUGAGUCCUGUUGAAUUCAGUGGGGCUUAUUCCCAAGUGGGUGGAGUUAGGACCACAGCCUAAAAUGUCCAAAUAAUAUAUUGCCAAAACUUCAGUGGGUAUAAAGCUGCAUUUUAAAUCCUGGUUUGGCUCUUCCUUUGUCACAAUGGCUGAUUUCCAUAUUGCUUUCAGAUACUCAUUUGUGCUGUUAUACUGGAGAUACUUGAGCUAGGAUGCAGAGUUCCCUAGUAUUGUUCGUUCUUAUUGCUAUUAGCAGACCUCUAGGGUUGUUUACGUGUAUAGAGUGAUGCACAUUGGAACAAAAAUGCCUGACUUCACCUAUAUGCAUUGAUGAGGUCUGUACAUAAAGGAGUGACUUAACCAUGAUAGUGAUAUUGAGUGGUGGAUAGUUCAUUGAAAACAUCAGCUCUUGUGCAGCAGCUGUGAAAAAGGUCAAGUAUUGGGAACUAUUAAGGGAUUGAUUGAAAAUGAUGCUGCCAGUUGUCACAGUGCCCCUAUACUCUGUCCCCAUCACAAGAGCUGCAGUUCCCAAUGAUGUAACAGUGAAACCUUGUUCCCAGGAUUCUUUGGGGGAAGCCAUGACUGUUCAAAGUGGUCCAAUACUGCUUUAAAUGUAUAGUCUAGUUCUAUGUCCUAGAUGUGUUAAUUAAUGCAACUGUUUGCAUUGGGGGUGGGAUUUAACAUGGUGCACCUGUCUUCUGAAUAUGUUUCUUCCCAAGGGACAUCAGACAUGAUCACUAUAGCAUCUCUCUCUCACUCUCUCACUCUCUCUCACACACACACACGUGUGAAGACCAGCUUGUAGCAACUUCAGUGCAGAAAAUGGCUGCCAGGCAGACUUCGCAUGAAACAAUCACCUAUUUGACUGCCGUGUCCACUUUUUACAUUGUGUUUUGUGAAUUUAACUCUGCCCUUUUUGUGGAGAAGAAAUUGCUCUUGAGAUUCUGGCAAUUGCUGGGACCAGAGUUGCCUCAAAUGACAUGGCUGCCAUUGCAUUAGUAACUGGCAAACAAUCAGUUUGCAGCCCAUCAUUCUGUAUCUCGGAGACUCCAAGCCCUGUGCGUGCAAUGAAGUUUGGCCAUGAUGAAUAUUUGAUAUAUCCAAUCUAAAUUCAGAGAUAUAUAUAUAUAUUUAAUGCUGUAGUUCAGAUGGGCCUUGUGUUCUUUUAAAUAGAUCUAGUUUGUACGUGCCUGGGUGUAUAAACGGGUACUGGGGGUGGUCAACAGUGCAGCUAAUGAAGCCUGUCUUCUCUCUUCAGUUGUUUACUAUUAAUGUGCUGCAUAUACAAACAAUGGAUACUAAUGACAGAAUUCUUUUGUGUUUCCCUUUCAGGUUUCCAUUCUAGGCUGCCCUGAUCCAGAGGUGCAUGAGAUUGCAUACCAAUACGGAAGAAACCUCGGGAUAGCAUUUCAGGUACUAUAUAGCAGGCACGUCCAACUCCCAAGAGACUGCGAUCUGCUCCCAGUAUAAAAAUUCUGGAAGUGAUCUACCCAUGGGGGGGGGGGGAGCCAAAGCGGUUGAGCUUUUUUAGGGAGGGGGAAAGCUUAGCUUUAUUGGGGGGGGGGGACAUCACUCACCUAGAACGACGACGCAGCGGUGAAGACUACUUUCAUUUUCUAACUCGUCAGCUAAAUACCAAUUUCAAACAACGGAAGAAAAGAGCAGUUGCAGUGGGGAGGGGGAGGGACUUCCACUCCAUUGCUUAUCGCUGCUGCAGAUCAAUAGGGAUCCCGUGAUUGAACAAGAUCAUCCGGGGAUCGACCGGUUGACCAGUUUGACAUCUCUGGUAUAUAGAGAUACUAAGGAAAUAGGCUAAGAAACUAGCUUUUAGACUUGUGAGACAACAAAUGACUGGGGCCAGUGCCAUAAAGCAGUAAGAUCAGCAAGCUUAGACUGUCCCCUGUUCAGCAGGCAGAAAAGAAUUGAAAGCUGGAUACAACUAUUAUAAUUGUUAUGAACUAAUUCUUUUUAAGAUCCUUGUUAACUGGUCUCAACGUUUGUCUGUCUGUUUGCAGUUGAUAGAUGACGUGCUGGAUUUUACAUCCUGUUCUGAUCAGCUGGGAAAGCCAACGUCAGCAGACCUUAAGCUUGGUAUAGCCACUGGUCCUGUCUUAUUUGCUUGUCAGCAGGUAGGAUUAAUAAAUAUACUGUCUUCACCCCAUGUUAAACUUGUGCUGCUGGCUACUUGAGAGACAUCUACAGUGGUACCUUGGGUUACAGACGCUUCAGGUUACAGACUCCGCCAACCCAGAAAUAGUACCUCGGGUUAAGAACUUUGCUUCAGGAUGAGAAUAAAAAUCGCGUGGCAGCAGCACAGCGGCAGGCCCCAUUAGCUAAAGUGGUACCUCAGGUUAAGAACGGACCUCCAAAAUGAAUUAAGUUCUUAACCCAAGAUAGCACUGUAUAUUGAAAUUUAAGGAUGAGUAGGGGUGGAAGCGUUUCAUGUUACCUUGUUCAAGCUGUAUGCCUGCCUUUUCAUAAAAAUGCUUGUGAGAUGUUUAUAGGUGAGAAAAGAUAAUAGGUAGUUCGUCUCUCCUAUUAGUUGCUAAGCUCUUGCAUUUUGGGGGAGGUUAAUGUUUUUCUCCUUCUCAGUUUCCAGAAAUUAAUGCCAUGAUAAUGAGGCGAUUCAGUUUGCCAGGAGACAUUGAACGUGCCCGGGACUAUGUAUUACAGGUAAGACAAGACGAGACUAAAAUAAAUACCAGCUCAUACAUGUAUCUAAUACUGCUAGACAUUAAUGUUCAGUACAAUAGAUUUAGUUAAUAGGAAUUCAUCUGGAAUUAAGUUUUAUGGUUAUUUUUGAAGCCCUGAUGUAGGAUUCUAGCCUUUACUCUUAACACUUCAUUUUACAAAGCAAAUUUAUAUUGGGUAUCACCUAUCAAUGAUAUAUGUGGUUUUCCCCAACAACUGAAACAUGAACUUCAGAAGUUUUAGUGAGCCCCGUGUUUUAAUAUUCGUUGUAAGCUAUCUUGAACAGGGUAUAAAUAUUUCAAUAAGGUGACUUUUUGCAAGAACAGAUUUUCACCAUUAACCUCCUAUGGAGAACAGGACCUGUUCACUCAAGUCUGAACGCUUAAUGCAGAAAAUGUGAGCAUGAUACGUUCUGUCCAGUAAGCAUUGGUGUAAAUUAGUUUUGUGCUUCUCCUUUCCGGUGCAUUCAGCUCUGUUGUAAUCUAGAUGUAUUUACUUGAAGCUUUAAGUACAGAUAACCACCUUGGAGGAGUGUAGAGGUAGUCGAGCACAUUCAGACAGCGUAUUUGCUUGUCCCUCAGCUUUUAAACUGCUUGGAGCAUAGAAAAGCUGCCUUAUGGCAAAUCUGACCAUUGGUCCAUCUAUCUUAACAUUGUCUACACUGGCAGUGGCUCUCCAGGCUUGCUGGCAACAGGUUUAUCCCAGUUGGUUCUGGAGAUGCAAAAGGUCCCAGAUUCAAUCCCUAGCAUCGAACCUACAGAGCCCUUGAGCUCUGCAGAAUGGUGGUUUUGGACUGUUGUCUAAAAACACCUUUGCUAAAAUUUAUGUUCUAGAAUCAGUUUCAAAAUCUGACAGAAAAGAGGGAGCAAGAAAGAUCCCAUGGCCUCCUAACUUCUCUACUUAAAAGUCUUUGGGUGUUUUUCUUUUUCUUUUUCAGAGUCAUGGCGUGCAGCAAACAACCUACCUCGCCCAGCGCUACUGCCAUAAAGCGAUGACAGAGAUCAGCAAGCUCAGACCAUCCCCUGAAAGAGAUGCCCUCAUUCAACUAGCAGAAAUAGUCAUCGCCCGAGACAAAUGACUCAGCUGCCAGAAUGAGUUGCAAUGAAGGAGAUAUUUACCAGACUGUGCCUAAAUCUACAUGGUGAAACAUCUUGGCUUGCUUCCAGUGCAGUUACCAAAAUUUAAGUUAUCCUCACUGAAAUAAAUAUAACUAGGUUUAUGAAGUAAAAAUGUUUUAUUGAAGGAAGCCAUACAAAAAUGAUGAAACAAGAUCAGUCUGUUAAACUGGUAGCAAUGCCUUGUGCCUGUAUUUUUAAUGGGUGGGGGGUUCCUGUUUUUGUCAUGGGCACUGUUUACAUCGUUCAAUAUUGACACCCAAGGCCACAAUGAAUAAAUACAAUCAAUGUGUUGAAAAUCACUUUUGCAAACGCCUUGGUGUGUGCUAGGAGUAUAAGAAAGAUACCUUAAGAAUGAUCUAAUUGCCUAUUAGUUUCAGAGUACCAAGAAUAUUAAAGGAGUAUGGUUUAUUAUAAAAAGACUGCACAUAUUUUUUUGUAAAUAAACAGGUUAUAUACA